AUGAUCAGUGUCAAGGUAUCAACUGGGACGUUGAAACAGGUGAGUUGCGUCGUGGUGACCGAGGUGGAGAGGUGUUCCGAGUUCAAUGACCGAGUCGGGUUAGGUGUGCGUAGGUCGUUGGAGAGAGAUAUUUUGUCCGACCCUACGGGGAACUACUCUCCAGACGUCGGGGGUGUCCAGGUGGACAGAGUUGUAGACCAACUCGUAGAGAAGGACGUCGUCUGUCCGUGGACAUACAACGUUCGGGUCGGGACGGGUAGUUGUCAGCUGAUGGAUAUGGGUUUCUCCCGAGAGCAUGCCAUGGAGGCCCUACUGAACACGAGCACCAUGGAGCAGGCCACAGAGUACCUACUCACUCACCCUCCUCCACUUCUUGGUGGAGCAGUAAGGGACAUGACCAUGUCAGAAGAGGACCAGAUGAUGAGGGCCAUUGCCAUGUCACUUGGACAAGAGGUCAGCAUGGAGCAGCGAUCCGACUCUCCUGAGGAGGCAGCACGUCGGCGCGAGGAGGACGACAGGAGAGCCAGGGAGCGGGCAGAGGAGGAGGAGGCCCGCUGCCUGGAGCGCUUCAUGGAGGCUGAGCCCCUGGACCCCAAGGAGCUGCACACCUUCACCGAUUCCAUGCUGCCUGGCUGCUUCCAUCUGCUGGACGAGCUGCCUGACACCGUGUACCGGCUCUGUGACCUGCUGAUGACGGCCAUCAAGAGGAGCGGCCCCGAGUACAGAGAUCUCAUCCUCGGACAGGUCGUCCACCAGGUGUGGGAGGCAGCAGAUGUGCUCAUCAAGGCGGCUGAGCCCCUGACUACCAGUGACACAAAGACGGUCUCUGAGUGGACCAGACAGAUGGCCACACUGCCACAAGCCUCCAAGCUUGCAACAAGAAUUCUGCUUCUGACGUUGCUUUUUGAGGAGCUGAAGCUGUUGGGUGCCAGAGUGAUCGAGAACAGUGGGAUUCUUAACUUGCUGAUAAAGCUGCUUGAGGUCGUACAGCCCUGUCUUCAGGCUGCUAAAGAACAGAAAGACAUCCAGACACCAAAAUGGAUCACACCAGUGCUGUUGAUCAUUGACUUCUAUGAGAAGAUGGCAGUCUCUUCAAAACGCAGGGAACAAAUGAACAAGUAUCUGCAACCCAACGGGAAUAACUGGCGUUGGUUUGAUGACCGCUCCGGCCGGUGGUGCAGUUACAGUGCGUCAAACAACAGUACCAUUGACUCUGCAUGGAGAGCUGGGGAGAGCAGCGUCCGCUUCACAGCUGGCCGCCGGAGAUACACUGUGCAGUUCAACACCAUGGUGCAGGUAAACGAAGAGACUGGUAACAGGAGGCCGGUGAUGUUGACGGUCCAGAGAGUGCCUCGUCUGCCCAAGCCCGCCAAGGCUGGUAGCAUUACUGACUCAGAGAGAGAAGAAGGAGAAAAAAGCAAAGUAGAGGAAACCCAGACUGACCUGGACUCCGGAGUAGCAGUGGAGAUGAGCGUUCCUAAGGAUGAGUCCAGCCAGCUGAAGGAGACCCCAACCGGCCCCUCACCUUCCCUGGAGACUGAGAACUCUCCGAGCGCUGAUAUUGUCGUACAAGGCCUGACCGAGGACAUGACCACCGUUCUUAUUCGUGCCUGCGUCAGUAUGAUUAGCGUUCCUGUGGACCCAGACACCCUACACGCCACACUGCGUCUUUGUUUGCGUCUUACACGCAAUCACCAGUACGCUAUGAUGUUUGCUGAGCUGAAGAGCACCCGGAUGAUUCUGGGGCUGACGCAGAGCUCCGGCUUCAAUGGCUUCACCCCGCUCGUUACCCUGCUGUUCAGGCACAUCAUAGAAGAUCCCGCAACUCUGAGGCACACCAUGGAGAAGGUUGUGAGGUCCGCCGUGACCAGCGGAGCAGGAAGUACCACCUCAGGAGUCGUGUCCGGAAGCCUUGGUUCCAGAGAAAUCAAUUAUAUCCUUCGCGUCCUGGGCCCCGCUGCCUGCCGCAACCCAGAAUGCUUCGCUGAAACUGCCAGCAACUGUGUGCGCAUCGCUCUGCCUGCACCACGGGGAGCCGGCACAGCCUCUGAUGACGAGUUUGAGAACCUUCGAAUUAAGGGACCUAAUGCUGUGCAGCUGGUGAAGACCACUCCUCUAAAACUGUCCCCCCUACCCACUAUUCCUGAGACUAUCAAGGAGGUCAUCUAUGACAUGCUCAAUGCUCUGGCUGCCUACCAUGCUCCUGAAGAACCCGAGCGUCCAGAGGAGCGUGCUGCAGCAGCAGCAGCAGCAGCAGCGGUGCCUGGUGGAGCAGACCUGUGCCAGAUACUGCAGGAUGUUGGUGAUGACGUCUACCAGCAGUACAGGCUCACCCGGCAGGGCAGCGACUUUGACUCUCAGUCUGCAUUCCAUAUCAAUGCUCAGGUGUUUUCUGCUGAUGGAGCCGUGGCUGAGUCUUCCCAGUCUGGCACACCACAAGGAGAAGCUUCCACGCCAGAAGAGAUGCGGGAGGAGAAGAAAGAACAGGAGGGAGAGAAGAGUACCAGCUCAGAGGAGGGUAAAGCAGCCAAGGUAAAGGCUAGCAAGCCCCUAAUGCCAACCUCCACCAUCCUAAGACUGCUGGCUGAGCUGGUGCGCUCCUACGUGGGCAUCGCCACUCUCAUCGCCUCCUACUGCUACACCGCUGGACAGUCUGAACUUAUUAAAGAGGACUGCAGUGUUCUAGCUUUUGUGCUCGACCACCUACUGCCCCAUACCCAGAAUUCAGAAGACAAAGACACCCCCGCCCUGGCUCGUCUCUUCCUGGCCAGCCUGGCAGCUGCCGGCACGGGCACUGAUGCCCAGGUUGCGCUUGUCAAUGAGGUGAAGGCUGCCCUCAGUCGUGCCCUAGCAAUGGCAGAGGGUACCGAAAAACAUGCCAGGCUUCAGGCAGUAAUGUGCAUCAUCAGCACCAUCAUGGAGUCCUGUCCCUCCACGUCCAGCUUCUACAGCACAGCAGCGGCCAAAACACAACACAAUGGCAUGAAUAACAUCAUAAGGCUGUUUCUGAAGAAAGGACUGGUCAACGACUUGGCCCGUGUGCCUCACAGCUUGGAUUUGUCCAGUCCCAACAUGGCCAACACGGUGAAUGCCGCCCUGAAGCCUCUGGAGACUCUGUCCCGCAUUGUGAACCAGCCCAGCAGUCUGUUCGGGGGCAAAGGAGGCUCCAGCAAGAACAAGACUGAGCAUGACACUGUAGGCGCUGCCAGAGACAGCAACAGCAACACUCAGGACCAAGGAGAGUCCGGUGAGGCAGAGCCAGUGGAGGGCAACCACAGGGUGCCGGGAACAGACAACGACCUGAUGGAUGGAGAGGCAGAGGGAGACACAGUGGUCAUUGCCGGUCAGCCAGAGGUCCUGAGCACGCAGGCUAUGCAGGUUGAAAAUGAGUUGGUGGAUCUGAUUGAUGAGCUACUGGAGAGAGAUGCAGGCGCUGUCAGCAGUGCAAUUAUUGUGGGACGCAGCGGUGAAGAUGAAUCACAAGAGGAUGUGUUGAUGGAUGAAGCUCCGUCCAAUAUUAGCCAGACAUCCACUCUUCAGACCAACCGUGAAGCUCCAUGA